AUGAACUCUAUAAAAACUUUAUUUAUCCUUGAUAGAAAAGAAAACAUUAUUUUUGAAUACCAUUGGGAUGGACGUACUUCAAAAAAUAUUAUUGCUCUAUUUAUAUCAGAAUAUAAAAAAGCGGUAUAUCAUAAAGAUAUACUUACACCUAUUAUAUCCUGUAAAGAAGGUCUUUUAUUUCAUAUCGAUUGUGGUGACAUUAUUUUUUUUUGCGUGGUAACAUCAGAAAUAGAUCCACUAUAUGUUAUCGAAUUCCUGUAUCAUAUUAUAAAUGUUCUUAAAGACUAUUUGGGGCCAAAUGCCAUAAAAAAAUCCGUUUUAGAAAAAAAAAAUGAAAUUGUUAUUCAACUACUGAAUGAAAUGAUGGACUAUGGAUAUCCCAUGAUUACAGAAUCUAACGUUUUAAAAGAUAUCAUUUCUCCUCCAAAUACAAUAAGUCAAAUAUUAAACAUGACAGGACUACAAAAAUCUUAUAUACCAUCAGGCAUUCUAUCACCAAUUGCAUGGAGAAGAGCAAAUGUAAAACAUAUAAAAAAUGAAUUUUUUAUUGAUGUUAUCGAAGAACUUACAGGAAUAAUUGAUAAACAUGGAAAAUUUAUAACUCUAUUUUCAAAAGGAAAAAUAAAAUGUCUUUCAAACAUUUCAGGUAUCCCUAACAUAAUCUUAAGUAUAAAAUCCAAAUAUGAUCUUUUUUACUCAUCAUUUCAUCCAUGUAUACGUUCGAGUCAUGUUCCCUCAUUAAAACAUCUAUGCUUUGUACCACCAGAUGGAAAAUUCACCUUAAUGACUUAUGGAAUUGAGCUUUCUGAUACAAUUUCUUCAUCUUUACCAAUCUCUAUUGAACCUAAAUCAAACCCAAAUGUUGAGGACUUUGAAAUAAAAUUAAAUAUUUUUAAUCAAUUCAUUGACAAUAUAACUAUUACUGUUCCAAUAUCUGAAUCAUGUCAAGUAAGAAAUUCAAAAUCUACACAUGGAAAUAUUACAAUUGAAUACAAACAUAAAGAAAAAAAUAAACUAAUUGUUUGGACAUUAGAUGUGCCUAAAGCUUGUUCUUUUGCUUCUAUGAAAUUUACUCUUAAUGAAAUGGAAAUUUCUCCUAAUUAUCUCAUAGCAAAAUUUACAUGCAAUGGAUGGAUUAUUAGUAAUAUGAAUGUAGAAAGCUUAAAAAUAACUACUAACUCUAAUGACAAACAUUAUAAGGGUAUAAGAUACAUGACAAUAGCAAAUGAAAUAGUUGUAAGAUUUUAA